AAUAUAGCAUGCUUUGUUUAUACGCACGCGCAUUUACAGUAUGACAUCGGUAUCGCCAUAAGAUAUCUAUAGCGAAUCAUCAACCGAUGAAAAUGCAAUUUCCCUUCUAUUUUACCGUUUUAUUUCACGACUUUAUCUGCGUUCCGGUAUUCACUGCAACUACUGGAAAUCUAUAGCACAUGUGACGUGAGGUAUAGAUUUUUUUUAGUACUGGCAGUGAGUAUCGGAACGCAGUCUGGGAUUCAAGAUUUGUAGAAACACCCGCCGAAGUUGGUACUAUUGUUUAAGUGUCAGAUGUGACUCGUUUGAUUUAUUACAUAUGUAUCUAGAUUUCAAUGGGGAAAAAGAUGAAGUUUGUGCGUUUGAGUUAAUAACGAAUGAUUCAGAAUUACACAUAGUUUUGUCUGGUUUUGUCGGUACAUAAAGACCGUAAAAUAGUUGAUUUGUGUCGGAUAAACUAUACAGUAUAUAUUGAUGUAAAGUUAUGGCACUGACAAACAUUUUGUUGCUCAGCCAGAUAGCAGGCUACGUUGUAGCUCUUAUUCUGUCAAUUUGCAUUAUUGUGCCUAUGAGUUUACAUCAGGAUGAAUUCAGGGGACACUGUCUUCUCUUUUCGACUGGUGUGUGGCAAGAGUCAGACGGCCAGUUUGUGGUGAAUUGGGCGUCGCGAGCGUAUUGCAAUUAUACGAUAUUUGUGGGCUUGCUGCUUCUUGUGACAUCGGUGGUACAAAUCUACCGAUUGUCCCUGCUGAUGUAUCGAAAUGAGGACAGCUCUUUCCUGUCUGCGUUUGUGGACGUUGUCGCCUCUAUCACUCUUACCAUUGUUACUUUGAUCGAUGCAGUUAUUGUAACUUUGGGCUUCAUGACGUGGUGCCAAAAUAUGACAAAGAGAUUUCCCUCCUGCGAACUUGCUGCUGGAAAUGAUAUCGAUAAAGCGGACGGAAUUGAUACGACCGGUUUUCACAUCGAACUCGGUGCUGCCCAAUUCGGCAUUUGGAGUAGCUUGUCAGUUUGGGUAGGUUUGGCUGUUUUUGCCGUCCUGAAGCUAUUACGGUAUCAUCAGUUGGAGAAUAUGAAAGUUUCCAUGUAUAGAGAAAGACAGAGAUUGAUAGAAGCUACCACAAGCAAUCAGCAAGAACCAAGUUAAAAUGUGAUGAUUUAAAAGUUUUAUUUCUCUUAAAAAUAAAUUGAAUGCUAAUGUUUGUCGAUUUACAUAAAGAUAAAUAGGAUUAUAUAUCUAAUACAUAUAUAAUGUGUGUAAAUAUAUAUCUAUAUGUUAUACAAUAAUUUUUUGUGUUGUGUGAAUUCUACAGUGCGCAUAGAAUCACUGUCAGAGAAAUGAUAUGUUGAUGUGUGUGUACAUAUUUCAUGUAUGAAAAAAGUGUCAGGCAGUCAAAGAAUGAAUAUACUUUUUUGAAAUUUUUAAUUUUUUUAUCAAUAAACUAUACAUUGUAGUUCUGUUGUUAGUUACAUUAUUAUACAUUCUUUUUUUAUAGUUAUUAUAUAGUUGAGAUGUAUGAUAAUAACACAAUGACAAUACUAUUGCAUAUAUAUUUAUUAUUGUUUAAUUCAUAGAAAUAAUUUUUAA